AUGAAUUCUGAAUAAAACAAAUAAUUGUAAGAAUGGAAAUUAAAAUACAUAAAAUUGAAUCCAAUAUUACUUAUCUUUAUGGGUAUUACUAUAUAAAUAAAUUAGGACUAAUAUUAAUUGCAUUUGGAAUUGUAUCACAAACUGUUGAUAUUAAUUAUGAAUAUAUUUCUACUAGAUAUGAUGAAAUUUGUGCUAAUAAGAUUUAAUGUUCUGUAAAAAUAAAGUAAUAAGUAUUUUAGAUUACCAUUGUUGUACCAUCAAAAAUGAAAUCUCCUAUAUUUUUUUCAUAUGAAGUUUCAUCAUUCUUCUAAAACACAGAUAAAUACUUUAAUAGCAUUCCUUAUGAUUUAUUAUAUGGAAACUUAGAUUUCGAUAUAUCAAUUUGUGAUCAAUAUAAAUCUAAUAGAGAAAUGGGCAAAAUUUUUAGUGUUACAAAUAAAACUUUAGAAUAAGAUGAAAUAGCUAUACCCUGUGGAAUAGCUGCAUAUUCAUAUAUGAAUGGUAAUAGUGAAAAUAUUAUUAAAUUUUAAGAUGAAUUUACAUUAACUAAAGAUGGUAAUCAAAUUUUAAUCACAGAUAAAGGUAUUGCAUGGGAAUCUGAUAAAGAAAAGUUUACCAAUAUAAAUUUAGAUAAAUAAUGGAUAGAUAUGGAAUCAGGUGAUUAUUUUCAUUUAAAUCAGAAAGAUUUAUAAAUUGGAUGAGACCAUCUCCUCUAAGUAAAUUUAGAAAAUUAUGGGGAAGAAUUGAUUAAGAUUUAGAGUCUGGUACAUAUACAGUAAACAUAUAAAUUAGUAAAUUAUAAUUUCAUAAAAUUAUUUAGAAACUAAUGAUGCUUUUGCUGAAACUAAAAAAUAUUUUCUUUUACAUAAUAAUGGUUAAUUUUCAGACCCAAUUUUGGUAAUUACAUUACCAUGUCUCUGUGUUGGUCCAUUUUUAAUUAUUUUUGGACUGAUCAAUAUGAUAUAUUGGGGGAAAAAAUAAAAUUUGAUAAAAAAAUACAGAAUUUAUUGAUUGCCU